CCUCAGAAGAGCAAAAACAAAGCGUCAUCAGAUAUACUAAAACAAUAAUUUAUUAAUCAGACAUAUACACAUUGUUAAUUUGGUCCAAGAUAAGUAAUUAUUUUACCAACACAUUUUCAGUUUUCUUAUAGGGGAUUAUGAUCACUCAAGGUUGUUUAUCAGUAUUAAGGGGAACUUGAAACYGCUCCCUGCCCCAUUUCCUCGGUUGUUUUGCUUUUUUCGCCUGGAUUCUCCAUGUUGGAGUAUUAGCGAGGUCUUUCCUAGUGUUAGCUAGCUAUCAGAGGGGACCCCAGCGUUACACUAAUACACUUCGUGUUGAACGCAGGAAACGCAUUGGCUAGCUUGAACUAGGAAAGAUAGCGGAAGCUAUAAUUGAUACGAGAAAAACCAAGAAGCUGUUUUUAUUGGAAUAUUUUCGGAUACCAAACGCAACGGGUUGGUAAACGUGAUUGAUAACCAGCUAGCUGAAUGUUGAAAGUACCUGCAAAUUGGGGUAACGGAUUGGACUUUAAGGGGCUGUGCAUUUGUUAGAUGGAAAGUUCUAUUAUCACUCAAGUGCAGAAAGAAGAUAGUCAACUGCCGUCCAAAACAGGCCAGGUGAACAAAUCUUCCCCAAAGAAGCCUCGGAGCCGAAAUAUCUUCAAAGCGCUCUUCUGUUGCCUCCGAGCACAGGAUGCCCCUCAGCCUCCACCCCCUGCCCAGGAUACCUUACUUCCUCCUGAGGACAAUGGGACGAUCGCCAAGCUUGAUCUACUUCAAAACCUUCGCUACCAGUUUCAAGUCCCAGAGACCAGUCUACUGCCAGAGGUAACCCCUGAGGAUGAGGGCAAGAUCUGUGUGGUCAUUGACCUGGAUGAAACGCUGGUGCACAGCUCCUUCAAGCCCAUCAGUAAUGCUGACUUCAUUGUACCUGUGGAGAUUGAAGGAACAACACACCAGGUUUUCGUCCUGAAAAGGCCACAUGUAGACGAGUUCCUCCAAAGGAUGGGAGAGCUGUUUGAGUGUGUUCUCUUCACUGCAAGUCUUGCAAAGUAUGCAGACCCAGUGACCGACCUUCUAGAUCAGUGUGGUGUGUUCCGUACGCGUCUCUUUCGGGAGUCCUGUGUGUUCCAUCAGGGCUGCUACGUCAAGGACCUGAGCCGCCUGGGCCGCCAGCUCAACAAGACCCUCAUCCUGGACAACUCCCCAGCCUCCUACAUCUUCCACCCUGAGAAUGCUGUGCCUGUGGUGUCCUGGUUUGACGACCUGGAGGACACAGAGCUGCUGAGCCUCCUGCCCGUCUUUGAAGAGCUGAGUGAGGCGGAAGACGUCUAUGCCAAACUGCAGCAGCUACGGGCCCCCUGACACGACACA